AUGACUGAAACAGCAGACCAAGUACUAAGUCAUGUCGUUCCGGUUUGCCAAUGGGCCCCACAAAAUUCACUUGAUUCAAGUUCAACAGCGUCUGCUUACCCACUAUUUCCAGAUGACGUAAGGGAAUGGAUUCAAUUCUUUCGAGGUGUCAGACUUACUAGAAUACAGUAUCCCCUUCCAGGGGGACAAUUCCCCGUAUUCCCAACAAUUACAGAACCACUAGAAAUUGAAAAAGACGCAGAAGAUCGUUUUAAAUCCAAUGUUUUAUCGCCAGUUGAUGCAAUACUAGAAACACAAGGAGCAAUAUUUUACCUUGCUAAGAUGCCUGUGGAAAUGAAAACGCGAUUCAAUCUGAAUUUAUGUGGUCAUCAUCUCUGGACAAUUUAUCGACGUGCCCAACGUAAUCAAAUAAUGAUAGCGGAUCAUAAUUUUAAAUUUAAGAAAAAGAUCUUAUCGCAGAUGUUUGGCGCAAUGGCCUGUAAUGGUCUUCAUUAUGGCAUAUUAUCGAAUUAUAACGAUACAUACUUUUUCAAGAGAGAAGAAACAAAUCAAACCACUUUGUAUGUUUCCCGUGUCGUUAAACCUAAUGAUGCCAAUCCGACUUUACGCGAAUGCACUGACAUUAGCAAAAAAGUAGUUGCAAGUUCUUCUAAGAGGAUUACUACUAUAGAUAAAUACAUAGGCAGAGGAACCUUUGGAAAUGUUUUUUCUGGCUAUUAUCAUGGUCAAGCUGUGGCCUGGAAAACCUGUGAGGCAUAUAAGGAAAAAGAAGCAAAAAAAACGUUAAGAAUUGAAACAAAUAUGUACUCGAUUUUAAGGAAUGCCAAGUUAUUAUAUGAAGGUUACAUCUAUGAUGGGUAUCUUUAUGCAUUGGUAUUACAAUUGAUUGAGGAUGCUCGUCAUAUUGACCCAGAAAAUCUUACGGUGGGAGAAAAGAGAACAAUUGUCCAACAACUUGAAACGAUACAUAGUUAUGGCGUUUUACACAAUGAUAUUGCUCAAAGGAAUAUCCUUAUGGAGCCAAAAAGUCGUCGAUUCUUUUUUAUAGAUUUCGGUCUAAUGGCGGAUGUUUAA